ACGUUGGUUAACGUGCGCGCACUCGCAGCUGUUUCUUCUGUAUUAUUUGCCCGGAAAAGAUGGCAGCGUCCGUUUGCCGAGUAGGGAGCACUGUGGGUCGAGCCUUAGCUAAAGCCCGAAGCCCCAUCCUGCUGUCUCUCCGUCGUGGACAAGCGACAGUAACCUACGCCCAGAGUCUUCUGGGAGCUCCAGAGACCCGCCUUACUGCCCUGGACAAUGGCCUGAGGAUUGCAUCCGAGGAGACGGGACACAACACGUGCACUGUUGGCCUGUGGAUCAGCUCCGGAAGUCGCUAUGAGACGGAGAAGAACAAUGGAUCUGCCUUCUUUUUGGAACACAUGGCUUUCAAGGGGACCAAGAAGUUCCCCCAGGCAGCUCUGGAGCAACAGGUGGAGUCCAUGGGUGCUCAUCUGAGUGCGUACACCUCAAGGGAGCACACCGCCUACUACAUGAAGACCCUGGCUAAAGACUUGCCCAAGGCGGUGGAGCUGCUGUCCGAGGUGGUACAGAGCUGUGCCCUGAGCGAGGCUGACAUCGAACAGCAGAGGAGUGUUGUGCUGAAGGAGCUGGAGGAGGUGGAGGGCAGCCUGCAGGAUGUGUGUCUGGACCUGCUGCACGCCACAGCCUUCCAGGGUACACCCUUGAGUCACAGUGUGCUGGGACCUUCCCAAAACGCCAGGACGUUAAGUCGACAGGACCUGGUAGAGUUCAUCAACAGCCACUACAAGGCUCCCCGCAUGGUGCUGGCAGCGGCUGGAGGCGUGACUCAUGAGGAGCUGGUUGGGUUGGCGAAGCAGCACUUCAGUGGAGUUUCCUUUGAGUACGAGAACGACGCUGUGCCCGUUUUGUCCCCCUGCCGCUUCACUGGCAGCGAGAUCCGCAUGAGAGAUGAUGACAUUCCCCUGGCGCACGUUGCCAUCGCCGUUGAGGGUGCCAGCGCCACCAGCCCGGACAUCGUGCCCCUCCUCGUGGCCAACUCUAUCAUCGGCAGCUAUGACAUCACCUUCGGCGGCGGGAAGCACCUGAGCAGCCGUCUGGCUCGCCUGGCGUCCGAGGAGAAGCUGUGUCACAGCUUCCAGGCCUUCCACUCCUCCUACAGCGACACCGGCCUGCUGGGCAUCUACUUCGUCACCGACAAACACUCAAUCGAGGACAUGAUGCACUGGUCUCAGAACGCAUGGAUGAACUUGUGUACCACUGUGACUGAGAGCGAUGUGGCGAGAGCCAAGAACGCCCUGAAGACCAGCCUGGUGGGACAGCUCAACGGAACCACGCCCAUAUGUGACGACAUUGGCAGGCACAUCCUGAACUACGGCCGUCGGAUCCCCCUGGCCGAGUGGGAUGCCCGCAUUGACGAGGUGACCCCCAGGAUGGUGCGUGACGUGUGUACCAGAUACAUCUAUGACAAGUGUCCUGCCGUGGCUGCCGUAGGCCCCAUUGAGCAGCUGCCUGACUACAACAGAAUGCGCAGUGCCAUGUACUGGCUCCGCUUCUGAGAACCACCGAAGGGAUGUUUUCUGCGUGUCCAUUGUCUGCUCCUCCAUCUUCCUCCAUUGCUCCAUUCUCCUCCGCUCCACAACUCCUUCCAUCAACGCAAAAGUGAAGAACUGAUGGCUUCAUUAUCACAGACUGGAGUCCCUGCCCUUUACUUUAGUUACAUUCUAACUGUUUAGAAGUGAGAGAACUGUUUUUGGUGUGCAUAGAUUGAGUGGUCAGUUUUUCUGGUAAUUAUAAAUUUCCUCUGAAGACCGAUUGUAAGGCAGAAGAUUCCUGUUAAUAUUAUUAAGACUUUUUAUGCACCUGGUAGGGUUCUGGGGAAGGGGACAGCUGAACACACCCAGUGAUACAGUUAAAUCAGAACACUGUAAAACCAUUUAAUGUGGAGCAGAGGUAUUUAUGAAUUGAUGUAAUGUUUUGUUUCUGUCCUAUUGUACAUAACAGAAGCUCUCAUUCUGACAAAUUCAAAUAAAACAUUGUAAAACAGUGUUUGUGCAUAA